GACAGAGCUGAAAGGUUCUCAAAGGUUCUGGGUCGUAAGACCGUUCGCGUGAUUUCCAUAAUUCUGAUAUUCGUUCCGGUUAAAAAAAUUUCGCGUUGCUUGAGGAAUUAACUGUCGUUCUGUCAGAUCGUAUUGCGUUUUCAUUCCGCUCGACUAAAUUUAGAUACAAAAGGAGGGAGCAUCAAAAUUUCUGUAUAGCUUAUCAGAUGUACGAAACGUAACCUUCACGAACGUGAGAUUAUCUUUGGGGUUAGAACGAUUCAAUACAACUCCUUUUAUCACGGCUCCUUUACGGUCGAUAGAACGCGCGAAAUAAUGCCGGCGCCGAAUUCCAUCAGCGUAGCCGUAAUAUGUUCCAGUAACAUGAACAGGAGCAUGGAGGCACACGCUUUCCUGAGCAAAAAGGGAUUUAACGUGAAGUCUUUUGGAACUGGAGAUAAGGUCAAAUUACCUGGAACCGCACCGGACCGUCCAAAUAUCUAUGAUUUUGGAACUUCGUACGAAGAGAUCUACAAUGAUCUAUUGAUGAAAGACAAGCAAUAUUAUACGCAAAAUGGUUUAUUGCAUAUGCUAGAUCGGAAUCGUAGAAUAAAACCUAGGCCCGAACGAUUUCAAUUAUCUAAAGACAAAUUUGACAUUUUGAUAACGUGCGAAGAGCGUGUAUACGAUCAAGUAAUCGAAUGCAUGGACUCUCGAAUUAAAGAGGAUAACCAACCUGUACAUUUGAUCAAUAUCGAUAUCCAGGAUAAUCAUGAGGAAGCUACAGUAGGAUCUUUUCUUAUAUGCGAGCUAGUGACAGUGUUGGCGAAUAGCGAAGAUUUGGACAAUGACAUAGACGAAUUACUUCAUGAAUUUGAGUCGAAAUUCGCGAGAACAAUAUUGCACACUGUGCUAUUUUACUGAGACUCAGUUACCGUCACGGGAAUCGUCAAGAACGUGGUGUUCAUCGAACCUCAAGCUUAUUUAUAUAUAAAAGAAGUUAAAUUAUGUAUAACAAAUAUAUCGCGUACAUACGUUAA